UGGCUGUGGCUGGGAGGCGGGGUGGAACCAAAAAGCGGCGCUCGCCCUUUAAGCGGCGGGACUUCUGGUCACGCUGCCCGCCGUCGCCGGAAGGGGAAGUUUCGCUUGGGAACGCUGUCUCGCUUGUCCGAAUUCGGUGGCGCCACGUCCGCCGGUCUCCGCCAGUCUCCGCCGGUCCUCCGCCUUGAAACCGGCUGCUUGGGCGGCUUCCGCCCAGACACCUUCCAUUCGCGAGCCGGCCGCGGCGUGAGGGGCACCGUGUACGACGGCCGAGCGCACCCCGGCGACCUGCGAGGCGAAGAUGUCGGACAUCGGGGACUGGUUCAGGAGCAUCCCGGCCAUCACGCGCUACUGGUUCGCCGCCACCGUCGCCGUGCCCUUGGUCGGCAAACUUGGCCUCAUCAGCCCGGCCUACUUCUUGCUCUGGCCCGAAGCUUUCCUUUACCGCUUCCAGAUUUGGAGGCCAGUCACUGCCACCUUUUAUUUCCCCGUGGGUCCAGGAACUGGAUUUCUUUACUUGGUCAAUUUAUAUUUCUUGUAUCAGUAUUCUACACGUUUGGAAACAGCAGCUUUUGAUGGAAGGCCAGCAGACUAUUUAUUCAUGCUGCUCUUUAACUGGAUUUGCAUCGUGAUUACUGGCAUAGCCAUGGAUAUGCAGUUGCUGAUGAUUCCUCUGAUCAUGUCAGUACUUUAUGUCUGGGCCCAGCUGAAUAGAGACAUGAUUGUGUCAUUUUGGUUUGGAACACGGUUUAAGGCCUGUUACUUACCCUGGGUUAUCCUUGGAUUCAACUAUAUCAUCGGAGGCUCGGUGAUCAAUGAACUGAUUGGAAAUCUUGUUGGACACCUUUAUUUCUUCCUAAUGUUCAGAUACCCGAUGGACUUGGGAGGAAGAAAUUUUCUCUCCACACCUCAGUUUUUGUACCGCUGGCUGCCCAGCAGGAGAGGAGGGGUGUCCGGCUUUGGUGUGCCUCCUGCUAGCAUGAGGCGAGCUGCUGAUCAGAAUGCUGGAGGUGGAAGACACAACUGGGGCCAGGGGUUCCGGCUUGGAGACCAGUGAAGGCACGGUCCCAACCUGCCCAGCAGCUGCUCCACUCAGACGGCAUUCCUCCCGGGGCGGGGUGUCCCUAACCACCGCAUUCUAGCUAAUGCUGUUGGACCUGACCCACACUGAAUGUAGUCUUUGAGUAUGAGACAAGAUUUUUUUAAAUCCUGGAGAAAAAUACAAGUGUUCUCAAGUUUCAUAAUUCUCAUUCAAGUUCUUACUGCUAUGAAGAGCAAAUAUCAACUGCGCAAAUUUCAAAACUUGA